AUGGGCAUCCAUCCGGCGGCCCGGGCGCGAAAACGCACAAACGAACUAACGUUCAAGUCCACCCUCUCUACAGAAGGGGAAGGAGAAGGGAAUGGAUACGAUGGUGCACCGGAUGCCGAAUUAGACGACGGCGUUUCCACCAGCCUUCUAGCGAAGCUGCGGACCUCGAUCCCAAAUAUAUUCAUCGUCGACUUCAACCUUCUCCUUUCUCCGUUGGCCGGAUGCUCUUACGCUGGGAGGAACACCUUCGAAGCUGAUCUCCGCUGCGUAGAAAUCAUAGACCGCGGAAGAGUUGAACUAGGACAUGAAGCGCAAUCAAGGGAGGGGAGUGGCUCAGUCAACAAUCAGUCGCCGCAUCUGCUUUGUCUCCACCGGAUUCGUGUUGUCGAUGCUAUGCGCUGCAGCAGAGUGAUGGUAGCAGCCUGCAGCGCGUCCUUGAACACACAUCGCCCAGUGAUUCCAUGGCUUUCUGUGCUGUUUAGCGGUCGACAAAGGAAGAAGCAACCGGGCGAGGGCCAGGAGACGCGAUGCCGCCACAAGGGAGAUGGCGAGAAAGAGAUCCUAAUCCUUCUGAGGGGAGCGAAAGAUUUUCGGGCGUGGGAUGGCGAGCUGAGGCGGUGGACAGGGCACACUGAGCAGAAGGGCAUCGAGCGGCGACAAGCCUCCCAUCAAAUUCUGGGGUAUCACGCGGACAAAGGCAUCGGGUUCGGAAGCAUUUUGGAGUCAACAUGCGUUGCCACUUGCACUGUGCAACGUGUUGCGACUUCGGACAUCAAUAGCCACACCGAGCGACACCUCGCGUAG